ACAGGUACAAGGCGUUGGCUGAUUCGUCAUUCGGAAUUCGGAGAUAGCCUAUGCGUGAUAUAUGCUGUGGUAAACUAUUUCUAAUUGAUACUUACAUAUGAUGUGUAUUUUGAUAUUGAUUGGCAUGGUUUAGCGUCACAUGUCAGUGGCAUAGCAUGCAUUGAAGAUAGAAGUGACAGUUGUGCUAAAUAUUUCGUCAAGUUAAAGAACAUAUCACUAAUCCGUCCAAAUGAGCAUCUCCACCCCACCUGCUAAGAUGGGAUUAAUGAUAUCGUUGCACCUCUUCCUUUUUCUGCUGGCGUUUUCUCACGUGAAAGCUCAGACACUAGGUGACGUGAAAUUCAGUGGAACUGGCUCAUCUAUAAGCACAGGGCGCGUUGAGCUAUACUGGGAUAACACAUGGAAUACAAUAUGUAUAGCCGUCACGGACCAGCACGUUGGCGACGUCAUCUGUAAGCAACUCGGAUUCAGUCCUGCGUCGUCAGAUUAUCUGAAGCAGAACAACGCUUUCCUGCCAGUUCCGGGCGCAAGCAUUCGCCAGAAAAAUGUGAAGUGCGAUGGCAGCGAGGCCUCGAUAACGACGUGUGCUGUUGUGAAUGCUGAUGCGUCCCUGUGCCCCAGUGACCACAGUAGCGACAUGCUGUUGCUGUGUAAGGGAAGUAAACCAGGUGUUAUUACCACCACUAAGAAGCCAGAUAUGGCAACACUGCCACCGGUCACAUGCGACACUGCAAAUACUGUUAUCAAACUAGAGGGCGGCACAUCAACUGAGGGUCGAGUCAUGAUAAAAUACAAUACACAAUGGGGCGCCAUCUGUGAUGACGGCUGGGGCCUAAACGAUGCCAAAGUUGUUUGCAACAUGCUGUGUCAGACAUCUUCCCAAGCGAUGGCCCUCAUUGGCCAGUACACAUCUGGCGUUAACAGGAUCUGGCUCACGAACCUUCAGUGUAACGGCUCAGAGAAAAGCAUCACAGAUUGCCCUCAUCCUGGCUGGGGUAACCAUAAUUGUAAAAUGACCGAAGCUGCAGCUGUUCGGUGCUCAGCACCUACUGAAGCACCACCCGAGUAUCCACAGCCAACGAUAAAGUGUUCCAUCAGCAGCAUGGUUGCCAGUUUCAGUAUCAAGAACUUUCCGACCGUGAAGCCGGUGAAUAUCCGCCUGCUGAGUCCCAUGGCCGGCUGUGGCUUCACAUCGAAAUGGCAUGACGCAACCGAAACCUCCAUCGAUGUUACUGUUCCUCUCAACAACUGCGGGACAGUCAUGAAGACGAACGAUACGGAUGUGGUCUAUAGCAACACCUUGGUACAGGAGGUCCCGGAUGUAGGUCAAGUAGUCUCACGCAUCCAGGAGUAUCGGGUUCCGAUUGGAUGCGUGACCCCAAGAACAGUAACUGUCCCGCCAAAACCAAUCGAACCGUUUGUAAUCGAGGUCCCACCGGUAUUUGGAGGGCUUACGCUAAAAUUCAACUUGACAUUUGACAAGAACGGCAAAUCUCUAGUAAAUGGCCAAGUGGCCUUGGGAGACGACUUCAACGUGCAGCUUGACUUGGAGACAGAUGAUAAAAACCUGAAGAUGGUUGUUACUGGUUGUUACGCCCAGGCAGGGCAGACGGCGGCUGUGCAUCAGCUCAUUACGAAUAAAUGCCCAAAAGAUAACACUGUCGUUUUCCAACCAAUCAAUGCAACAAGCUUCUCAUUUAACAUGAAGGCUUUCCAGUUUUUAAACUACCCAAAUGAACAGAUCUACUACCACUGCACAGCACACGUGUGUGCCGCUGAUUCCAAGACAAGCCAAUGCGAUCAGACAUGUGGAGCGCGUAGGCGUAAACGUGACGUCACUUCCCGCACGGCGCAGCCAAGUACGUCACGUGUUGUUGUAUCGGAGGGUUUGACUGUAACGAGGCCGGGAGGUGAUGACUGGCUAAUAGUAACACAAGGCGAAAUCAUUCGUUAUGUGAAAAAGUCUCAGCAACAGACCAGCACCGUCCCUCAGCGGAAUCCGAACACUAGUGCUGUAACAGAACAGACAAACGACUUCGCUUCAGAGACCUCGAAACCGUCCACUCCCGUCCCUAAUCCACUGGAAGCAUCAGCUGACGUUCAGGAGACUACAACUAACGGCAAAUCUGGCUCAGCCGGGAUGAUUAAAGACAAUGUGAUCGCAGUUAAAGUGCCUGGGAGCGAAGCUAAUAAUGCAGCCUCGAUCUCCAUCCUCUCUUUGUUUUCAUUGGUUGCUUCUGUUGUUGCCAUAGCAAUGACAUAUGUUAUAAGAUAACAAUAAAAAAAAUAUGUUAGCUAUGGUCUCAUUAGGGAUUUUUUAUAUUCAUGCGCGGCCAACCCCUUGAUCAACCGUAUUUCCUAAUAAAUCAUUGAUUUCUUGGUCAUUAGGGUAUGCCAGUGUUGAUUUAGCAGUUGUUUUGGCAAAAACAUGUUAUUUGGGGUUUCUGAAACCUAGAGCGCUGCUCAAAAGGCUGCUUACAAGAAACACUGCAUUUUACUGCUGUUGCCGAAGUAUGUGUACACUGAACUUCGGAUGUGCGUCGGGCCUGUUUUGAUAUGUCGUCCAAUGCCAGUUUGUGCGUUUUUUGCUGAUUUGUGAAAAAAUUCAAAUCAUCUCAAACAUUCAAUGGUUGACCCUCGACUUUUUUAAUUUUUGUGUAGGGUAAUUAAACAACUGUCUUUCACGGGAAAAUUUAUCCAGGAAGAAAUGUACAAUUUUUGCUUUUUUCCGUGACACUACGGCCCAAUUGGCAAUAUUAUCAUUUGGGAUGAUGAGGAGAGCUAGGAGCCAAUGUGGCGCUUAUGAUUUAUUUAAAGAAAUAAAACACUGGAUUUAACAUCCUGCAGAAAAUGACGAAUCAGGCGUUUCCAGUGAUAUACGACAGAAACGGGUUGUCCUCAUGCAAUCGCAUUGGAAACGCAUUUCAAAAUAGAUGUUACGUCCUGUUAACGGGGUACGUACAUUCGGGAAAAACUCCCUAAGGAGACAUAUCUACUGUUUAAUCUUAUAUAGUUUCUAUGCGUAGUAAAUGAGAAGAAAGGCAGUUCCAUUUGUAGAAGUAGGGAGGGGAAUACCUUUUUGAGUCCGAUUCUGACUGAUUUUCGUAACUGCUCCGGUGACGUCUUCGACAUACAUGGCAUACAUAAUGAAAUAACACUUUUCAAAUCGACGAUCCAAAACUUUAUCCAUCGAUUUGCAGUCGUAUGAAGAGGUCAUUGGAUUCCAAGUGUUCAAGAACGAUGCGUGUUUUAUUGACCACCCGAUAUAAAUGAAUACAAUUAUGCUCUGACAAUGUAGGUGGUGCUGAUUCAUACAUAUGUUUGACCUCUGGCUGAUGUUCUUCAAACGCAAUUCCGUUUUAUUGAUAAACUAAUACAAAUAAUUUUUCUGUCGCAUAUGUUGACGAUUUGCAUUUUUCCAAAGCGCCAAACAUAUCUCCAAGGAUAAGUUAGUGGUAGGCCGUAUUGAUAUCCAUGCAUGGUAGACUGCUGGGCUAUCUCCGUUUUCAGAGAAUUUGUUCAGCACUAUGUGGACGUCGAAUAGUUCCUUUUUCAAAAAUGUGUUACUCCUUUGAAAACAAUUUCAGAUUUAAACCCACUAUUUUGUAAUAUACAUGUAUGUUCCUUAUCAUUACAUCUGUUUUUCUGUUUCCUCAACUCGUUUAACAAAAGCAGGCGUAUUGAAUGUUGGUUUUGUUUGUACACAACCUCUCACCAAUAUUUAUAAUAUAUUUUUCGUUCAGAGCUGAAUUCUCUGAAAACUGAGGUGGUGUCGACGGUACAAAUUGUGAUCACUUGAUAUGUGUAUUUAUUACUGUACAUAGGUCGUUGUGUUUUAGUAAUAAACCGUAUAUUGACAAGUU